AGAAACAACCUAAAUAAUAACAUCCAAGAAGCAAAGAAAGUAGCCAACAAUAGAAGUUCAAAGGCGCAACACAAUGGCCAACAUUUUUUGGCCAGUUCUUCUUUGUGCUUUUGCACUCGGUCCAUUACUCACUACUGUAGCUGCAGACUCGUACGAUUACAACUACUCGCCAUACUAUAAGUCUCCAGCUUCAUACUCGCCCUCGUAUUAUUAUAAGUCUUCAUCUUACGAUUAUAAAUCUCCUUCAUACUAUUAUAAAGCUCCGUCAUACGAUUAUAAAUCUCCUCCGUAUUAUUAUAAAGCUCCAUCAUACGAUUAUAAAUCUCCUCCGUAUUAUUACAAAGCUCCAUCAUACGAUUAUAAAUCUCCUCCGUAUUAUUACAAAGCUCCAUCAUACGAUUAUAAAUCUCCUCCGUAUUAUUACAAAGCUCCAUCAUACGAUUAUAAAUCUCCUCCGUAUUAUUACAAAGCUCCAUCAUACGAUUACAAAUCUCCUCCAUACUAUUACAAAUCUCCAUCAUACGACUAUAAAUCUCCAUCUCCAUAUUAUUAUAAAUCUCCAUCAUACUAUAAGUCUCCUUCAUACGACUAUAAAUCUCCAUCUCCAUAUUACUCGCCCCCCAAAUACUACAAAUCUCCAGUAUACAAGUCCCCAUCUUACGAUUAUAAAUCCCCAGCUCCAUACUAUUCCCCUCCGUACAACUACAAAUCUACGUCAUAUAAGUCUCCAUCUUACGACUACAAAUCUCCAUCACCAUACUACUCUCCUCCGGUCUAUAAGUCUCCGUCAUAUGAUUACAAAUCUCCAUCUCCAUAUUACUCACCCCCAAAAGACUACAAAUCUCCAUCUCCAUAUUACUCGCCUCCAAAAGACUACAAAUCUCCAGUUUAUAAUUCACCGUCAUACGAUUACAAAUCUCCAUCUUACGACUACAAAUCUCCAUCACCAUACUACUCUCCUCCGGUCCAUAAGUCUCCGUCAUAUGAUUACAAAUCUCCAUCUCCAUAUUACUCGCCCCCAAAAGACUACAAAUCUCCAGUUUAUAAUUCACCGUCUUAUGAUUACAAAUCUCCAUCUCCAUACUACAAAUCUCCAUCACCAUACUACUCUCCUCCGGUCUAUAAGUCUCCGUCAUAUGAUUACAAAUCUCCAUCUCCAUAUUACUCGCCCCCAAAAGACUACAAAUCUCCAUCUCCAUAUUACUCGCCCCCAAAAGACUACAAAUCUCCAGUUUAUAAUUCACCGUCCUACGAUUACAAAUCUCCAUCUCCAUACUACUCACCCCCAUACAACUACAAAUCCCCGUCAUACAAGUCUCCAUCUUACGAUUACAAAUCACCAUCACCAUACUACUCUCCCCCAUACUACUACAAAUCGCCAGUCUAUAAGUCCCCCUCUUAUGACUACAAAUCGCCAUCUCCGUAUUACUCACCUUCAUACAACUACAAAUAUCCAUUAUACAAGUCUCCAAUUUACAAUUACAAAUCUCCAUCUCCAUACUAUUCACCACCAUACUAUAAAUCUCAACCAAACUACGAAUACAAGUCUCCAUCACCUUACUAUUAUGAGUCACCCACAUACUCCUACAAAUCUCCACCACCUUACAAGUAUGAAAACUACUCGCCCUCAUAUUCUUACAAGUCUCCACCACCAUACUAGAAGUCUACGGCCACUUCAUUACUAUUAAAUUUUCCGUUCCCCUAUGAAACAAAUAAAGUUUUAUGUUUAAAUUAAAUAAAAAUCCUUCAUAAAAGUGCUACAUAUUCUAAUCUCUAUGAAUUAGAAGAAAAUAAUUGUUAACCUUUGUUUAUUUUUCUUAUUUGUUGUUGUUUUUUAUGUUUAGAAUUGACGUAUUAAUUUACUAUGCGGUGUAUUUAUGAAUUUAUGGAAUCAAAUAUUGAUCUUUUAAUA